ACGGUGACUCACGUUUUCACCACCGACGAGCACGUUCACAAAAAGGACUUUACCUUCGAUAGUCAGCGGCGACAUUUGCGUUCAGUAACUGUACAUGCCGGGACUUUCACAGAGGGAUUAAGCCACCGGAGCUGAGGCAGUAUAAAUGUUUUGUCCCAUGUGUCGGAUAUGGCUUCUGCUUCUCCUGGGAGGAUUCGUGGUGCCAGGGGUGCGGCAUGUCAGCGGAAUAGAUAUUUACACUCCAACAGAGGUGGAAGCAGUCAAUGGGACCAAUGUUAAACUGAAGUGCACUUUCAAGUCCAGUGCGCCAGUGUCGAUUCAGUCCGUCACAGUGUCCUGGAAUUUCCGACCCAUAAAUUCAGGAUCGGAGGAGUCGGUGUUUUACUACCAUGAGGUACCAUACCCUCCCAAGGAAGGGCGUUUUAAAGGCCACGCGGUGUGGUCGGGAGAUGUUACCAGAUACGAUGCUUCCAUCUCCCUGCAUGAGGUGCCUCCGACCUUUAAUGGCACCUACAUCUGCCAGGUGCGCAACCGUCCAGAUGUGCAUGGCAGAAAUGGAGAGAUCACCUUCAGAGUCGUCAACAAAGUUUCCCUCUCUGAGAUCGGCAUCUUGGCAGCGGCGGUUGGAGGCGCCUGUGCUGUCAUACUGAUCCUGCUGGGUAUCUUCGUGGCAGUGAGGGUCUGCAGGAGAAAGCACAUGGAAUUCGACCCUGAGAUGCAGCCGCGGGAACACGAGCGGAAGGACCCGACUGUGUGUUCACCUGAAGAGGCUGUUCACCUGAUGGCUGUGUCAAAGAAGAAAGAGGCUGAUAGUUCAGAUGAUGAAGAGUCUGAAGGCAGCAGUGGAGAUGAUGAUGAAGAGGAAGGCCUUGACGGUGAUGACGAUGAUGAUGAUGAUGACGACGAUGAUGAUGGUGGUGAUGAUUUAAUCGACAUACUCGAAUGAUUAGAACUAUCUUUCCUGUUUUACCAUCAGACUUUUUUGCUAUUUGUUUACAUGAUUUAAAUGUUUAGAUGAUGCGUAAUUUAUUGUACUUUUUUAGAGUUCAGUGCUUCAUGGUUUCUGAAUUACAGCAAACGUUAAGAGAGUACUCCACUGAUUUAACAUUGCACUCCUACGACACUGCUGGACUCAUGAUGUAAUUAAAAAAAGUGUCAAAUCUGAAGCAGUAGAAUCAGAAAUAUCGUCCUUUUUAUUAAACACCUUCCUUGUCCAAUGAUGGAACCCAUUGGUUAUCGGUCGGAGGACAAGAACCCUCUGGGGGCAGCUGCCAAUAUUUUAGCUAGAUCCGGUGUAGCCAGCUGUUACGUGGGCCAAGACUGUCAUAGGGUAAUCUCUAUAAACAGAUAUGUGCAUAUCAGUGCAGACCAAAAAACAACAAAAAACAUAUAUAAAGAAAAACACCAUCACACAAUAGCUGAUGAGUUCUGAGAUUGCAUUUUGGCCAAUGCAUUCUGCAUCUCCACACGGACUGUCUACCUGUCACUCAAACGUGAUUCGUUAACACUACUCGGACUACAGUGGACAACAAACGGAAACCAGAACACUUCUGAUAUCAAGAUCUUGCCCCUCUGCCUACAGAUCCUGCACACUUGUGCAGAUAUCUGUUUAUAGACAUUAUUCCAUGUCAAAGCCUGGCGCCUCCAUUACCCACAAUGCUCCUCAUCUGCCAACAGUUUGGUCAGAGAUCCGCAUGCGUAAUUGCUUGUAGCGGCUAAUGUAGCCCCGAGCUUCUAGCCGCACUCAAAAAUGAAAAGCAGGCUGCAGAGAUACGGCAACUUGUUUCUAACACCCAGGUUUUUUUCAUUUUCAAACUCAUCAAUGAAGACCCAGUUUUCAGCCCCGACUGACACUGACUCCAGUGACAUCAUGUGAGGCAGUUUAUCUGACUAAUCACAGCUCCCUCUGCAGCUACAAAAGGCUUUUAUAGCAUACAAUUGUUUCUCACAUGCAGUAGCACCCCCCCACCUGUCAGCAGAUUGAUAUGUAUAAGGGGCGGAGUUCCCCUUUAAUAUCUGUGUGUUUUAUGGAUGUAGAUUAGUGGAUGUGAGUUUGUUGUACAUGACUGCUGUUAACUUUGCUCCUUUGUGCUGAUUUGACUGGAUUUCCAUACAGCUACUGCUGAAAAUCCUUUGCCUUCGAUCAAUGUUGUUGAAUUUUCAUGUGGAAUAAAUGAAUUAUAGAUUUUUAAAGAGAAGAGCCAGCGUAAUUUGGCUCAUAGCUAAAACCACCCCUUACUAGUGCAGACAGUGUUUGUGCAACUGCGGUGUUGCCAGAGUAAAUGUUUCCUUGUUGGUUCAAUAAAACGAAACCAAAAUUUGAAUAAGAAACAGAUCAACUGCUUCACUGUGUGUCUUUGCAAAAGGGUUUGCAUGCUACUGGAAAGGAAACAGGAGAGUGAGGUGCUGUUGUGAGAUUUAUGAGUGAUAAACAAUUAAACAAUUGUUUACUACGCUGGCAAUGCUGUGCGAGUGAUUUUGUAUUUAGAUUUUGUACAUAAUGUAAAAUGAGCAGAACUUUACACUUUUUUGUAAAUUAAAGUCCUGAUAUGUCAUAUCUAUCUCUAUUUAGCAACACUGCAAUAAAGAACUGUUUUUGAAAUGA